AUGGCUUUUCAACAGCAGCCAAACCGCCCGAGUGUGCAGCGAGCAGCUCGCUCCGCUGUUGGCAGCCAGGGCCUUUCGAGGCGAUCGGCGCGCAGCACCUAUGACCAAGAACCAGAGGAAGCGCAGACCUGGGUGCUCUUCUCGCCUCCCACCGAUGUGACCACCACGUCCUACCUCACCGAAGAUGAACAUGACCAAUCGCUCGAGACCCCCGGCCGGUCACGAGUAAGUGACCUCGGCAGCCUCAAUACAGUUGCGAGGACCGGUUCGGUGGCGGCAGCGGCUCAGAAUGAUGAAGCCCAGUCCUCGGCCCUCUCUGCGGCUGUUGAUGAAUCUCAGGAUGAUGCCGAGUUGGAUAGUCUCGAUGGCCAUCUUCCUGGAUUUAGAUCGUUCCCGAGGAGUAGUUUUAUGAUGCCCGUCCUCCCAGCCCACGACGGCCUGGGAUCAUUCCACUUAGACCAGCCUACUCUUGGCCAAGACGCGCAGGAUCACAUCUUCCAGUUCGAGAGAUUUAACCCCAGGCGAGUACGACGAAGGCUAAAUAGCUUCGAUGAAGCUCAGUUCGAAUUGGAACAGGCACAAGUACAGGAGGCCGAGAAGAGGCAGCGGAUUGAAGCCUGGCGGUUGGAGCAUAGCCGCAUCAUCCUGGAAGAGGUCCAGCGCGAGGCACGGCGGACGAGAAUGCUGCAACAGAAGCGGGUCGUUACACAAAAGCCCGUGCCCAAGGCGGAGGAAGCUACCGACUCGGAAGACAUGACUUGGCACGAGGAAGAUCCCGACACCCACCCAGAAGACAAGGAAGACAGCGAAGGUUUGAUUACGAGAAUUACUCGCAAAGUAUUGCGCGAUAUACUCGGCAUCGAUGAGAAGAUACUAUCCGUGGUGCUCGGCGGCGACCUUUUAAGCGACGAGGAGCUAUCGAGGACGCCACGGCCGUCAGAACAUGGCCACGAUGAACCGACCGCGGAAACAGAGGAAUCAUGGCAUAUGCGCAUCCUCGAGACAGUGUCGAGAGAGCUCGGCUUGCUGGUCAACCAUCUCUCAAAGCACCCCGGUGCCUUUUCGACGUAUUCGCAUGUCCAUCAGGUACCUCUGCCUUAUGCCGGUUUGCCUGCCAUACCAGAGGCCGCAGACGGCCGCACCUCUGCCUCUGGGCGUACCGCGGCAGACAAGCAUGGUGAGAGCGCGUUCCCCGAGUUCAGGCCUACCAUGAGGCAUACCCCACGAGCGGCCGACAGGCCAUCGCAGAGGUCAAACGCGCAAGACAUUCUACUACACGAUGUGUCGAUGGCCGAUACAUUUACCCAAGAGGAGUGGGAGCAAGAGAUUGAUAUCAAGCUGGUGUUCCGAUACUUGGUAUCACGCUUCACAUCGCAACCCGAGCCCACGUUGUCUCCCGAACUGACGACCCGUCCGGUUCCUGCGAAGCCGCAAGACGCUGCCGCUAAGGCUGCCAGAGUAAGGCAGCACCACCCCCUCACCUCCCGGACUCGCCCUAAUGAACGUCGAGCUUUCAAAGCAACUGCACCUAGCAGCCCCGUGGCUAUGCGACACCACAGUAGCUGUGCCAGCCAGAGCACGCGACGAUCAGCCAGGAGAAGCAGCGUCUCGUCGAGGCAUUACUGGGACAUUGGAGGAUCCAUCGGAACCGGAUCAAUGAUUGCCACUGCUCCCAACGCCCCGAUGGGCAGCUGGGGCGAAGUUUAA